CUCGUCAUCGUCAUCGCCGCCUUCUGGGCCCGGGAGGACAACGUCCGGGCAUCGCUGCCCCUGGACCACACGCCCGAGGAGUACGGCCGCCGCGACACCGAGCUGGUGGUGGCCCUGUCGGUGACACUGGGGCUCUUCGCGGUGGAGCUGGCCGGCUUCCUCUCAGGGGUCUCCAUGUUCAACCCUCUGCAGGGCCUGCUUUCGGUGGGGGCGCAUUGUGGCGCAGCCAUCAGCCUCUCCCUCUUCCUGAGCAUGCACUGGGAGAGUGCCUCCUACUGGUACAUCCUGGGCACCUGCAGCGCCUUGCCGGCUGCUGGCGAGAUCCUGCUCUUCGUCUCCGUCUUUGGGCUCAAGAAGAAGCCGCUGUGACAGUGCCGGGGCUGCGAGCUUCCUCUAGUGGUGCCCUGGGACCCCCACCCCCAGAAUAAAUGGGGCUGAGUCCUGGA